AGUUGAUCACGUUCGUUCUGUGGUGGUGUUUUUUUUUUUUGAGCCCGAGCUUAUUUUUCACGUUUUAACUCUUCCAAAGGACAUAUACUGGUUUUAUAAAGAGCACAAGAAUGUCGUCCGAUUCUGGGUAUGGUCAGCCCGGUGCACAGCAGAGCUUUUCUUAUGGCGCACCUCCGUCGCAGGGCUACCAACAAAGUGAACAGAGUUAUGGCCAGGGAAGCCAUGGGUCUUCAUAUGGUGGACAGAGCUAUGGUUCAGGUUAUGGACAGCAAGGGGCUAGCUAUGGGCAGACCAGUCAGAGUUAUUCUUCUGCUGGCUUUGGGCAGCAGUCUCAGCAAGGAUAUGGCAGCUAUGGGCAGCAGAGCACUGACAGUUCAGGCAGGUAUGGAUCCAAGCCAUCUUACAGCGAUCAAGGAUCCUAUGGACAGUCCCAAGGAGGUUAUGGGAGGCACUAUGAUGAUGACAAUGGUCAGGAGAUGAGGCGAUAUGGCGGUGAUGACCGCAAUGAUGGGUACCGAGGCAGAGGACGUGGGGGGUAUGACUUCGAUGGAAGAGGUGGCCCAACUGGCAUGGGCGGUGGUGACCGUGGUGGCUUCAAAAAUUAUGGUGGCCCCAGGGAUGAUGGCCCACGAUAUGAUUCAGGUGGGGAUCAGGACAACUCUGAUAACAACACUAUAUUUGUCCAAGGACUUGGGGAAGAUGUUUCUACUCAUGAGGUUGCAGAGUUCUUCAAACAAAUUGGCAUAAUUAAGGUGAACAAGAAGACAGGCAUGCCUAUGAUUAAUCUCUACACUGACAAAGCCACUGGAAGACCAAAAGGAGAAGCCACCGUUUCCUUUGAUGAUCCUCCAUCGGCCAAAGCUGCCAUUGACUGGUUUGAUGGGAAGGAAUUUAAUGGCAGACCUAUAAAGGUGUCGUUUGCAACUCGAAGAGCCGAGUUCAUGCAGAGAGGUGGAAGAAGCCGAGGAGGGUACAGAGGUGGCGGUCGUGGAGGUUUUGGCAGAGGUCUGUCAUUUGACAUGAAAGGUGGAGAUUGGCCGUGCCCUAAUAGUUCUUGUGGUAAUAUGAACUUUGCCAGAAGGACAGAGUGCAACAAGUGUGGAGCACCCAAACCUGGUGAUUCCUUUGGAGAUAAUGGUGGACGAGGAGGAUUUGGGGGUGACAGAGGUGGGUUUAGGGGCCGUGGAGGAUUCCGCGGUGGUGAUCGUGGUGGGUAUGGUGGCGGACAUGGUGGUAGUGAUCGCGGAGGCUAUAACAGCUACAAGAUGGGAGGACGUGGCGAUCACAGAGAUGACAGAAGGGAUAGACCAUACUGAGCAUCCCUACGAGUGCCAUUCCACUGGAGGACUGACCUGCAUUUCCAUACUUGGCUUUGUUUGUCUGAACUGCUCCUAUCCUGUCCCAAGAACAACUCUUCUGUGCAGCUAAUGUGAAUCUGAAUAAGGGCACCUAGUGUCAAAGACUUCAGUUUUGUCUUUUUUUUUUUUUUCCCCCCUAUUCUUCGUAUAUGAAAACAUGGACAGCAAUGUUGAUUUGUAAAAUAUUGCAUUGCCAAAUGACUGUUUUGUAAAAUUAAUAAAGUGUUUUACUUAUGA